AUGGCGCAGCGGCUCCAGGAUGAGAUGGCCGCUUUCUUCUUCCAGUAUGACACUCCCCGAAUGGUGCUCGUGCGCAACAAGAAGGUGGGCGUCAUCUUCCGGCUGACCCAGUUCGUGGUUCUGGUCUACGUCGUUGGAUGGGUGUUUGUCUACGAGAAGGGCUACCAGACCUCAAGCGGCCUCAUCAGUAGCGUGUCUGUGAAACUCAAGGGCCUGGCUGUGACCCAGCUCCCAGGCCGGAGGCCCCAGGUCUGGGACGUGGCUGACUACGUCUUCCCAGCCCAGGGGGACAGCUCCUUUGUGGUCAUGACCAAUUUCAUCUUGACUCCCCAGCAGGCUCAAGGCCACUGUGCAGAGCACCCAGAAGGGGGCACAUGCACAGAUGACAGCGGCUGCACCCCCGGGAAGGCUGAGAGGAAGGCCCAAGGUAUCCGCACAGGCAAGUGUGUGGCCUUCAACAGCACUGUGCGCACCUGUGAGAUCUUCGGCUGGUGCCCUGUGGAGGUGGAUGACAACGUUCCUCGCCCCGCCCUUCUCCAGGAGGCCGAGAACUUCACGCUCUUCAUCAAGAACAGCAUCAGCUUUCCACGCUUCAAGGUCAACAGACGCAACCUGGUGGAGGAGGUGGAUGCCACCUACAUGAAAACCUGCCUGUAUCACAAGACCACCCAUCCGCUGUGCCCUGUCUUCAAGCUCGGCUACGUGGUACAGGAGUCAGGCCAGAAUUUUAACUCCCUGGCCGAGAAGGGCGGGGUGGUCGGCAUCACCAUCGACUGGAACUGUGACCUGGACUGGCACGUGAGACACUGCAAGCCAGUCUAUGAGUUCCACGGGCUGUAUGAGGAGAAAAAUCUGUCUCGAGGCUUCAACUUCAGAUUUGCCAGGUACUUUGUGCAGAAUGGAACCAACCACCGUCACCUCUUCAAGGUGUUUGGGAUUCGCUUUGACAUCUUGGUGGGUGGUAAGGCCGGGAAGUUUGACAUCAUCCCCACAAUGACCACCAUUGGCUCUGGCAUUGGCAUCUUCGGGGUGGCAACAGUUCUCUGUGACCUGUUGCUGCUACACAUCCUUCCCAAGAGGCACUAUUACAAGCAGAAGAAGUUCAAGUACGCAGAGGCCAUGGGACCAGGGAAGGAUGAGCGUGACCUCGCAGCCACCAGCUCCAUCCUGGACCUGCAGGAGAACAUGAGGACAUCUUGA